AUGGGUCAAAAAGUUGUAACCCCCCUGAGUUUAACCCUAGAUCAUUGGAAAGACGUUCGGAAGAUCGCCUCCAACCAGUCAGUAGAUGUCAAAAAGGAAAAAUGGCAAACUUUCUGCUCCACAGAAUGGCCCACUUUCAAUGUGGGCUGGCCAAGGGAUGGAACUUUUAACCUCUCUACCAUUUUACAGGUGAAAGCUAAAGUGUUUGAUCAUGGCCCUCACGGACACCCAGAUCAAGUCCCCUAUAUAGUCACCUGGGAGAGUCUGACAGUCGACCCACCACCCUGGGUUAUUCCUUUUACUCCUCCUUAACCUACCCCACCACUGCCUAUCCCUGCCCCUACCUCCUCCUCUUGUUGUCCAGUUAAUACCAAGAAGCCCCUAAAACCAGUACUUCCCCCGGACCCCAAUACCCCCCUUAUAGAUCUCCUCUCGGAAGAACCCCCUCCCUAUAGAUCUCAGACCCAAGAUACCCCUAGUCACCAGCUGCUGGCCCCUUUGGCCCCACCCUAGCUCCCUUCCCCAGUGGCUGGACGUCUGAGGAGCCACCGAGAACAGCCACCAAAGGAAGAGACUUCACAAGCCUUUCCCAUGAGGCGGGGGCCAGGGGACCAGGUUCAAUAUUGGCCCUUCUCUGCCUCAGACUUAUAUAAUUGGCGGACCCACAACCUGCCUUUCUCCAAAGACCCUACCGCCUUGACUAACUUGAUUGAAUCUAUCUUAGUUACCCAUCAACCCACUUGGGAUGAUUGCCAACAACUCUUACAGGCUCUUCUUACGUCAGAAGAAAAGCAGAGAGUCUUUCUGGAAGCCAAAAAAAAUGUUCCGGGUGAUAACGGGAGACCUACCCAGAUACCAGAUGAGAUUAAUGAUGCUUUUCCUUUGACUUGUCCCGACUGGGAUCACACCUCAGCAGACGGUAGGGGACACCUACGCCUUUAUCGCCAGUUGCUCAUAGCGGGCCUCUGUGGUGCUGGGCGCCACCCUACUAAUUUGGCCAAGGUAAAGCAAGUAAUACAAAAACCAGAUGAAUCCCCUGCUGCCUUUCUAGAGAGAAUUAAAGAAGCCUAUCGCAUGUACACCCCUUAUGAUUCGGAGGAUCCUAAUCAGGGAAUAAAUGUGUCCAUGACUUUUAUCUGGCAGUCUGCCCCAGAUAUUAGAAAUAAACUUCAAAGAUUAGACAAUUUACAGGGACAGUAUCUCCAAGAUUUAUUAAAGGAAAUGAAGACUAGGGCAGUCAGGGCCAGGAAACCCCCUGAGCCUAGGUUAACUCUUACUGUUGGGGGGCACCCUGUCACCUUCCUAGUGGACACCGGCGUCCAGCAUUUGGUCCUCACCAAAUUCCCUGGACCCCUGAGCAACCGGACUGCCUGGGUACAAGGUGCCACAGGAGGAAAACAGUACCACUGGACCACCGAACGGGAGGUACAUUUGGCCACCGCUUUGGGUUUACCUGACAUCACCAAGCCCUUCGAGCUAUUCAUAGAGGAAAGACAGGGGUUUGCAAAGGGAGUAUUAACUCAGAAACUCGGGCCCUGGAAACGCCCUGUUGCCUAUCUGUCAAAGAAGUUGGAUCCAGUGGCCUUGGUCUGGCCUCCAUGUUUAAAAAUGAUUGCUGCAAUUGCAGUCCUAAUUAAGGAUGCAAGCAAACUGACCUUGGGACAACCAUUAACUGUGUUAACUCCACAUGCUGUUGAGUCCAUUGUGCGUCAGCCCCCAGACUGCUGGUUGUCUAAUACACGUGUGACUCAUUAUCAGUCUCUGUUACUAGACACAGACCGCUUCCAAUUCGGUCCUGUGGUGGCCCUAAACCCGGCUACACUUUUACCCCUCCUGGAGGGGCCAGAGGCUCAUGACUGUCAGCAGAUUCUUGCAGAAACACACGGAACCUGCAAGGAUAUCACCGACCAGCCGCUGCAGGAUGCAGAUUUUACCUGGUAUAUGGAUGGCAGCAGCUUCCUACUAAAUGGUGAGAGAUGA